AUGCCCUUCUGUGCGCUUCUACAGAGACGCCAUCUGGGACUCGGACUUGCCAAGUCUCGCUCAGGACCUCCUAUAAUGGAUUUGUCGUCUCUAGAUGGUCCGCCUCUUCUUGAUCGGAGAAAUACAGUCCAACAUGUCCCAACAUUGGUAGAUCACUCGUCCCUCGAUGGCCCUCCGAUUCUCAACUCAAGUUCAGAGAUCCAUCUCCCUCCAGAUCCCACACUGUCUCCAAUCCGAGAAGACGCACCAGACCCUCAGUCUGACGCACACUAUUUCCUACUUUCGAAACCUCUUCCGCCCAGGCCAGCCACUGCUGAUCCUUCUUCUUCACGGCAAAUACCGAGGAAGCCAAUCAGGCUCCAUAUCGAUACUACAACCGAUCAUGAUACAGCGUCACGAUCCUCCGAUAGGCUCAGACGUGCCCCCGCUCAACGAGGCCGAGUCAGCCCUCCCGAAGAGUUGAUUCUGGUGCAGGAAUACUUUGAUCGUGGCCAUUCACGAUCACCUACUUCGUUAUCGCCACCAGUGGCUGCACCUCAACCAAAACGAUCUCACACUUGUGAUCCGCUUAGUUGGCUGGAAGAAGAAGGUCUAUGGGAGGUUCCACGUCGAUGGCCAUCACGAAUUUGCAACCCUUCAUACCGAAGUCUGAGUCGAUCCUCUAUGUCGACAUCCUUUAGCGCUAUCCCAGAUGGAUGGAUUCAUCAAUUCAACCAAGUUCAAAACGCUAAUAUCCGUGUUCAUACGGACAGCGCUGAAGGUUUACCACCACCUUCUUACGACAGUCAUGCUUUUAGUCCGACAUAUGUUAUGCGAAUGCAAGAUGGACCGAUACCCGGAUUCGCGACAGUUUCAGGUCUUGUGCCUGAUGUGUCGACGAGCUGA